CUGAUAUCCUCCUCAGCCGACAAUCUUCAUUUAACAAAACCAUUUCCGUUACAAUUUUCUUUAACUACGAAUUCACCAUCUCCCGUUCCUUCACAAAUACAGAUUAACCUGAUAUUAUUCUGAUGAUAUCUUAAAAUUAUCAGCAACAACAGCACCAGGCUUGUUUUGUUUUGCUGUCAAAGAGACAGAGAUUUAUGAAACUAGGUAUCACCAAAGUCUAUAACAAAGCAGGAGCAGCCUACCAAUUAUAGGGUGGUACUACUACUACCAGUACCAGUACACUGCUAAGGUAUCAAUACAGUGAGAGAAAAAAAAUAAAAAACUCAUCAUCUUCUCUUUUUGAUUCAAGCUGUAAAAUCAAAUAAUUCUUCUCCAUGUCAGAGUCUGAGACCAAUUCAUCAAACUUUUCAGCUUAAACUAUUCAUCAUCAGUCAACAAUCCUUGAGAUUCACACACACACGUAUCAAAUCUUUGUUCUCAUUACCUGUGGAUCUGUGUUAAAAGCAAAUAUAAUUCAGAGAUUUCAGAGAAAGUAGAGUAGUAUCUGAUCCCAAUACAUACUAGUACCACCACUCCUGCUACAACCCUAGACUUUGUGCUGCAACAGACACACAUAACGAGAAAAACUACCUUCUUUUUGAAUCUUUGUUAAGCCAAGAAGAAAAAACCGAAGAAAAAAACACCAUCUUACUAGUAGUACUGCAGGCAGGUCUGAAAGAGGAGGAGGGAGGGGGUCUAGAGCUUGCUUGCUUGCUUGCUUGCUUUCACUAAUAUAUGUUCUGUGAAGGAACAGAGAAUUGUGGUCCUUAACCUAAUCACUUCCUCUAUAGGGCUCUAUACUCUUUUUUCAUCAUCAUAAAUUCAUCUCUUUUUCUUCUUCUCAUUUCUUCUCUCUUAUAUCUCUGUCUAUCUUGAUAUCUAUAGAUAUAUCUUGGGGUUUGGGGUGUGCGUGAUUAAUUAAUGCUUUGAGUUUUUGAGUUGGUGUUGUUGUUUGUUGUGGAGAGAAGAAAGAUGCAAGAACCAGGAGGAAUAGUAAUGUUAGGAGGUAAUGGAAGUGGUGGUGGUGGUGGUGGGGGAUUACACCGUCAUCAUCAUCAACAUCAUCAACAUCAACAGCAACAACAACAUCAUGAAGAUGAAAGUAGGCUAUUGAAGACAGAGAUAGCAAGUCAUCCACUUUAUGAACAAUUAUUAUCAGCUCAUGUUGGUUGUCUUAGAGUUGCUACACCUAUUGAUCAUUUGCCUUUGAUUGAUUCACAACUUUCUCAAUCUCAUCAUGUUCUUAGAUUUUAUGCUUCUCAACAUCAGAACCAACAUCAUAGACUUUCUCCUCAUGAAAGACAAGAACUUGAUAACUUCUUGGCACAAUAUUUGUUAGUUUUGUGUUCUUUUAGAGAACAGCUUCAACAACAUGUUAGAGUUCAUGCUGUUGAAGCAGUCAUGGCUUGCAGAGAAAUUGAACAGUCAUUCCAAGCUCUCACAGGAGUGACUCUAAGUGAAGGGACUGGUGCAACAAUGUCAGAUGACGAAGACGAUUUACAAAUGGAUUAUGCUUUAGAGCAAUCAUCAGGUGUUGAGUGUCAUGACAUGACAGGUUUUGGUCCAUUACUUCCAACAGAAUCUGAGAGAACAUUGAUGGAAAGAGUUAGAGAAGAAUUAAAAAUUGAACUCAAACAGGGAUUCCGUUCGAGAAUCGAAGAUGUCAGGGAAGAAAUUCUUAGAAAGAGAAGGGCUGGAAAGUUACCUGGUGAUACUACUUCAGUGUUGAAAAACUGGUGGCAGCAACAUGCAAAAUGGCCUUACCCUACUGAAGAUGAUAAAGCAAAACUAGUGGAAGAAACAGGUUUGCAGCUAAAGCAGAUUAACAAUUGGUUUAUCAACCAAAGAAAGCGUAACUGGCAUAGUAAUUCUCAGUCGAUAACAUCGUUAAAGUCUAAGCGCAAAAGGUAGACGAUCGAGGAAACGUUAAUCAUCAAGAAAAAAGAAGAAGAAACAUACUUACAUUACAAAAGAUAGUAGUUGUUCUGUAAAUUCAACCGUAGUUUGGUUCGUCGUGGGACUGUCAGGAAAGUGGAUUCAGGGAAGUGAAAAACAUGGGAGGAAGUAAGUAGCUAGAUAUGUUUGAAAAUGAAAACACAGCAUUGUAAUAUACGGUUUUUGAGGUGGUCAUGUAUGAUGAUUUCCAUGGAUCUGUAAUAACUUACCGUUUUCUUCUUUUGGCAGAGAAGAGUCAAAAUGAUAGUGUCUCCAGAUUACCUCU